AUGUGUCACUCCCGCAGCUCCCUGCCCACAAGCAGCUCCCUGCCCACAAUGAGCGUCCUGCAAGCCCCGAUGUCCACCCCCACCACUAGCCUGGGUGCCCGGCGGGAAUCGGGUCCCGAGAUCUUCACCUUCGAUCCUCUCCCAGAGCCUGCGAUGGCCCCAGCCCCACGCCCCAUCACCUUUCGCGGGCACCGCAAGCGCAGCCGCAAGGUUCUCUACCCCCGAAUGGUCCGACGCCAACUGCCAGUAGAGGAACCAAAUCCUGCCAAAAGACUUCUCUUUUUGUUACUCGCCAUCAUGUUCUGCCAGAUCCUGAUGGCCGAAGAAGGGGUGUCAGUACCUCUGUCCCCUGAGGAUGCCUCCACUGACACUUCCCCCACACCCAUCCCUGAGCCCCCAGUUUCCAAGUCACUUAAUCUGACCUUGGAGUCCUCCGACUAUGCUCUGGACCUCAGUACUUUUCUCCAGCAACACCCCGCCGCCUUCUGA